UUCUUUUCCACAAGUUGUUAGUUCUUUAGCUUGAUCGUUACUUCAUUUUUUUGCUUCUCUUUGUUUUUCUAAUACUUUUGUUUAUUGUUUUAUCAACUAAUCAACAUCGGUGAUUGUCAAUAUUAUUUUUAAUUGAUUUUUCUUUCGAAUGUGUUGGUGAGAUUUAAGUUUAAUUCUAAUUUAAAAAAGGUAUGUAUAUACCUAUGGAUGAAGAUGAUGAGACCUCUCUCAGGGGUUGUUGUCUCUGGUGUCGGCAAAGAUUUUUCACCAAGGAAAAGAUGAAACGUCGAUUCGCCAUUUUUACUUGGCUAUUGUCUUAUUCAUUGGCUGAUUUUCGGGGUGAUAUGAUUGCUGGUUUAUCGGUUGCUUUCACUAUUAUUCCACAAGGUUUAGCUCUUGCUAUUUUGGCUGGUUUACCUGCACAGUAUGGAUUGUAUACUAGUUUUAUUGGUUGUUUUGUUUAUGCCAUUUUUGGUACUGUUAAGGAUGUCGCCUUUGGACCAACUUCUAUUCUUGCCAUUUUAAUUGCUCCCUUUGUUGUUAUGGGUGGAUCAACUUACGCCGUUCUCCUUUCUUUUUAUACUGGUCUUCUCAUGUUUAUCUUGGGUAUACUUAAUUUGGGUUUUGUGGUUGAUUUUGUCUCAUUUCCGGUUCUCUCUUCGUUUUCUACUGCUGCUGCGAUAACAAUUGCCUUUUCUCAGAUGAAAAGUUUCUUUGGUAUUCAUUACAGUGCUGUUCGUUUUCUUCCGACUAUUUCUGGUCUUUUUACUCAUAUAAAUCAGAUUAACUUGUGGGAUACCUUUUUGGGAAUUUGUUGUCUUGCUUUUCUCAUUCCAUUGCAACAUUUUCGAACCUCUUCUUUUUUCUUCUUUGAGUCUCGAACUUCACCACCAUCAACGGGUCUUCGUGUGAUCGCCAAAAUUUGCAAUCUUUUAGUAACAGCUCGUAAUGCAGUUGUGGUUAUAAUCUGUGGGCUAAUUGCCGCUCAUACCAAUGUUUUCACUAUUAAUACUGAUAUUAAGGUUGGAUUACCGCCGAUGCAAUUGCCAAGUUUUAGUUAUGGUUUUAAUGAAACUUAUCGUUCACCAACUCAAGUUAUUGGUGAUUUAGCACCAGGAAUUGUUGUCAUGGCUUUGGUUGCACUUUUGGAAACUGUUGCUGUGGCCAAAGCAUUUAUGCCUGAUAAGAAGUUAGAUGCUACUCAAGAAUUAAUCGCUCUUGGUAUUGGUAAUGUUUUGGGAAGUUUUUUCUCUGCUUUUCCAGCAACGGGUAGUUUUUCCCGAUCAGCAGUAAAUCAUAAUAGUGGUGUUCGAACACCACUCGGUGGAAUUGUAACUGGUUCACUUGUAAUACUCGCAUUGGGCACUUUAGCUCCAUUCUUCAAAUUUAUUCCCAAACCAGCACUUGCUUCAAUCAUCAUAGCAGCAGUUUUACCAAUGAUUAAGUUCAGUGAUAUAAUCGUUAUAUGGAGAGCAAACAGAAUCGAUGUUGUCCCUUAUUUCAUCACCUUUUUCUCGUGCCUUUUCAUUGGCCUUGAAUAUGGAAUCUUUUUAGGUGUAACAUUCUCACUUCUAGUUCUUCUCUAUCUAAUGGCCAGACCAAGGAUCAGUAUUAUGGCUCGAAAAACACCAAUCGGUGAUCAUUUUCUUUACGUUAAACCAGAUCGAAGUGUCCUUUUCCCCUCAGUUGAAUACAUGAAGGUCAAAAUUAACAAGGCAAUAAUUUCCUAUGGUUGUCAAUCUCUUUACCUCGCAAUCGUCAUCGACGGUGAGCAUAUGUUCAGAGCUGAUUCAACUUUUGCAAUGUCUGUUCGUCAUAUGGUUGAACAUUAUCGCGAAUCAGGUUAUAUAACCAUUUUUUAUAACCUUCGAAAAGCUCCACUUCGAGCCUUGGAUGCAGUUUUCAUGGAUUCAGAGGAUUUUAUUAAUUGUGAAAAUGAAGAUAAUGUUUACCAAUCAAUUAGAACAACAAUCGUUAAAGCUGGACUUUCAUGUCCAGCCGAUGAAAGAGAUGGUCAUCCAUUGAAACGAAGAAAAUCAAGCCAUUGGUUAACCUCAUCAGUUGAAUACUAAUUAAUUAACCUGUUGAAGCCAUUCCAAUAAUCAGAUCUAAAAGAUAAAAUUAACUAAUCAACAGUAUUUUUGACCAUCUAAUAUUUUGUUUUAUUCCAUAAGAAAUGACCACUGAUAUUUAUUUUUUUUUGUCUUUCAUGUUGAACAUUGUCGCAAACACCAUUUCAUCAGUUAAUCAUUAAUCAAUUGUCCUUAUAAAUAUCUUUUUUUAUACAAAUUUGUUUAACAAUUAAGUUUCUUUUUCCACUUUAACUAUUGAAUUUAUAUCUAAAGCAAUAAAAUAAAUCAACUGUUUGUUUGCUAAUUGAAACGAAAACAAUCAAAC